AUGCCAGGGAGUCCCAGUGGCACAUCGUCGAGCGUUCCCCUGGGGCUUUCAACAUUGAAAGCGCGAGCGCAGCGGAGAAUCGAGGAAGAAAGAACGACAUACGCGAGUUUUUCCCAGGCGGGCGGUGCGCGCGUUCAGCUCUCUGGCACCGCAGACUCUCCUGACGCCCAGUGGCGCAUCUCGUCGACGAGCAACGGCUCCUUCACCGUGGAGAGCGUGGGCACCAGCGGCAAGUUUCUGAGCAGCACCCAGACGGUCCACGUCCACGCGGAGGAUGAUCUCAGGCCAGAGUCCCUCUGGCGCAUCUUCCGGCUGGGGCGACCCCGCGAGGACAACACCACGUACCUGGGGUGCUUCGGGGAGUCGCAGCUCCCUGCAGACAAGACGCGGGUACCCGAGAGCGGCACCUACGUCGAGAUGAGGGCUCGCGCGGAGGGCGGACCGUCGGACAAGGCGCCGGUGGAGGUGGAGUUCUUCAACCUGAGCCCAGAGCCCAUGGAGGUGUGGCUGGACAGGGGUAACGGCUCCAUUCGAAGAAGAGAGACUGCCUGA